AUCAGUUUUAAUUGUUCAGUCAUUCAGUAAACAUUUCAAGAAAUUCUUAUAAAAUUUUCAUUAUGAAUUCAUUCACAAUUUUCUUCGGACUUGCUUUGGUUGCAGCUGCAUACGCUCAUGGACAUGCAUCAAGCUAUGUUAAAAGAACAGAUGAGCUCGGACAUCAUACAGAAAUUAAGGUUGAAGCUCAUCAUGGUGAAGAUCAUGGACAUGGACAUGAUGAAUACAAACAUGUUGACUACAUCCAUCAUCCAGCCUACAAAUUUGAAUAUGGAGUUAAGGAUCCAAAGGCAGGAGAUCAUCAUAGCCAAUGGGAGCAUCGUGAUGGAGAUGUUGUUAAAGGAGAAUACUCACUUGAUGAAGCUGAUGGAACCAAGAGAAUUGUCAAAUACUCAUCAGACAAGAAAGGAGGAUUUACAGCUCAUGUUGAAAGAGUCGGACAUGCUUCUCAUCCAGCUCAUUAUGGUCAUCAUGAGGAAGCUCAUCAUUACUAAAACUUUAAUUGUUCCAAAGAUCUGUGAUAGUCAAAUAUUUUAAUAAAAUACAAUAUUGAUGACGAAUAUUAAUAAAAAUUUGUUUUAAAUAUUCUUGAAAAUAAUUAAUCAUAAGUUGACAAUCUCAAUCCAAAUAUCAGCAAAAACUCAUCAUACAACACUUAAUUAAAU